AGGCCCGGUCGCGCGGCGGCGGCGGCGGCGUCGCUCCUGUUGGCCCAGCCGGCGGCGGCCAUGGCGGCCGUGCUGUCCCCGCGCCUCUGCGACAGCGACCCGGCCACGCCCGGCGCGCAGUCCCUCAAGGAUGACACAGAAGAAAAUUCCAAUGAUGGCAGCCAGCCAUCCAAAAGACGGCGUAUGGGCUCAGGGGACAGUUCUCGGAGCUGUGAAACUUCCAGUCAAGACCUUGGGUAUAGUUAUUUUCCUGCUGAAAAUUUGAUAGAAUACAAAUGGCCACCCGAUGAAACAGGAGAAUACUAUAUGCUUCAGGAGCAAGUUAGUGAAUAUUUGGGUGUGACUUCUUUUAAAAGAAAAUAUCCAGAUUUAGAAAGGCGAGAUUUAUCUCACAAGGAGAAACUCUACCUCAGAGAACUAAAUGUUAUCACAGAGACUCAGUGCACACUAGGUCUGACAGCUUUGCGUAGUGAUGAAGUAAUUGAUCUUAUGAUUAAAGAAUACCCUGCCAAACAUGCUGAAUAUUCUGUUAUACUGCAAGAGAAAGAACGACAGCGAAUAACUGAUCAUUAUAAAGAGUAUUCUCAAAUGCAGCAGCAGAACACACAGAAAGUAGAAGCCAGUAAAGUUCCAGAAUAUAUUAAAAAAGCUGCCAAGAAAGCUGCAGAAUUCAACAGCAAUUUAAAUCGAGAGCGGAUGGAAGAAAGAAGAGCCUAUUUUGAUUUACAGACACACAUUAUCCAGGUGCCUCAAGGGAAAUACAAAAUCUUGCCUACAGAGAGAACAAAGGUUAGUCCUUAUCCAGUGGCUCUCAUACCCGGCCAGUUCCAGGAGUACUACAAAAGAUACUCUCCAGAUGAGCUUCGUUACUUGCCAUUAAACACAGCUCUUUAUGAGCCUCCUUUGGAUCCAGAGCUGCCAGCAUUGGACAGUGAUGGAGAUUCAGAUGAUGCAGAGGAAGGGCGAGGUGAUGAAAAACGGAAAACCAAAGGCAAUUCGGACAAUUCGUCUGGCAAUGUAUCUGAAGGUGAUUGCGCCACAGACAACCAGGAGGAUUCUUUUCAGGGAAGACAAAAAACAAGAGACAAAAGUGCUACUCCAAGAAAAGAUGGUUCCAAACGUUCUGUAUUACCCAAAUCAGUUCCUGGGUACAAGCCAAAGGUCAUUCCAAAUGCUAUAUGUGGAAUUUGUCUGAAGGGUAAGGAGUCCAACAAGAAAGGAAAAGCUGAAGCUCUUAUACAUUGCUCCCAGUGUGACAACAGUGGCCACCCUUCUUGCCUUGAUAUGACCCCGGAGCUUGUUGCUAUGAUUAAGACUUACCCUUGGCAAUGUAUGGAGUGUAAAACGUGCAUUAUAUGCGGGCAGCCUCACCAUGAAGAAGAAAUGAUGUUCUGUGAUGUAUGUGACCGUGGUUAUCACACUUUUUGUGUGGGGCUUGAUGCUAUCCCUUCAGGUCGCUGGAUUUGUGAUUGUUGUGAGAAAGACCCUCCUGUACCCAGAAGAGGAGGAAGAAGGGGUAAAAACAGCAAGGAGGGUUAAAAAGGCCCUAAAAACUUGCUGUCCAAAACUUAACUGCACAAAUUAAAGUGAUACUUUGGUGCUAUUUAAUCAACCACUCUUAAGAGGAGAAAUACCACUUUUUUUUUCCUUUUUACUAAAUAAACUUUGUCUAUAUAAUUA